CGCCUUGUCGCCUGUUGCCGUACUUGUCACUGACGGACGGAGCUUCAGCUUCACCUCAACACCUCUCCCCUCGCUGAUUACCCCCAGCUUUCCGAUCGACACCGUGAGAAUUAUUUUGAAGGGCGUCGAACUCAAGUCAUCCCCAUGGCGGACCGCUACUCAUUCUCCUUGACAACUUUCUCUCCCAGCGGAAAGCUGGUGCAGAUCGAAUAUGCUCUGAACGCUGUCAACCAGGGUGUAACUGCUCUGGGCAUCAAAGCCACAAACGGUGUCGUACUUGCUACAGAAAAGAAGUCAUCCUCGCCACUGAUUGACCCACCCUCUCUUUCUAAAGUCUCCUUGAUCACACCUGACAUUGGCGUGGUCUACUCGGGGAUGGGCCCUGACUACCGUGUGCUUGUCGACAAAGCACGCAAGGUGUCCCACACUGGCUACAAGCGGAUCUACAAUGAAUAUCCUCCUACCCGAAUACUGGUCCAGGAUGUCGCUCGUGUUGUCCAGGAAGCUACGCAAUCUGGUGGUGUCCGGCCCUACGGUGUCAGCUUACUCAUUGCAGGCUGGGAUGAGGGUAUCGAGCCAGAGACGGGGGAAAAGCAAAUAGAGGCGGAGGGUGAGGUUAAAAAGGUCUCGGGGAAGACGGGUGGAAUCCUGAAAGGUGGACCUAGUCUGUACCAAGUUGACCCGAGUGGAAGCUACUUCCCGUGGAAGGCUACCGCUAUUGGAAAGCAUGCCACAAGUGCGAAGACUUUCCUGGAAAAGCGGUACACUGAGGGACUGGAGCUCGAAGAUGCUAUUCACAUUGCUCUUCUCACCCUGAAGGAGACCAUCGAGGGUGAAAUGAAUGGCGAGACCAUCGAGAUUGGUAUCGUCGGUCCUCCCGCUGAUCAUUUGCUGGGAUACGAGGGUGUUGAUGGGGCAAGAGGUCCCCGAUUCAGGAAACUGAGCAAAGAGGAGAUUGAAGAUUAUCUGACUAAUCUAUGAUGGAUACGUAUCGGCAUCGGUGUUCACUAGCCUUGUAAUAUGGUAGAGUCAUGAAAUCAUGCGAGGCGCAAUUAACGAAAUGAAAGAUGAUCUUGCGUCCUACAUAAAUCUACUAUAUACGAUGAUGCUGAAGGUCACUUACGAUCUCUGUAUCGCCUGCCGCAGUCGGUUUCAUGCAUAGUUCUUGACAGAAGUGGUUUUAGUAAGACUGAGCGGAUUUUUAUGCGCGUAUGUACAAUGAAUGCCUCUUGCCUCACCUUGAUGUGGGCUCUCAACUAUAAUUGAAGAGCG